CCGCCCCUCCGCUGGCUCCCGCCGCCUCUCGCGAGGCCGCCGCCGCUUCCCCCCCGCUCCCCCUCGGCCCACGUCACCGGCGGAGCAGACGGGGACAACAUGGCGGAGCGGCGGAGGCACAGGAAGCGGAUCCAGGAGGUCGGUGAGCCAUUCAAAGAGGAGAAGGCUGUUGCUAAAUACUUACGCUUCAACUGUCCGACAAAAUCCACCAACAUGAUGGGCCACCGAGUUGAUUAUUUUAUUGCCUCAAAAGCUGUGGAUUGCCUCCUGGAUUCUAAAUGGGCAAAGGCAAAGAAAGGAGAAGAGGCUUUAUUUACAACCCGAGAGUCUGUAGUUGAUUACUGCAACAGACUCCUGAAAAAGCAGUUCUUUCAUCGAGCAUUAAAAGUGAUGAAAAUGAAACCUGACAAGGAUACAAAGAAAGAAAAGGAAAAGGGAAAGACCGAGAGUGGGAAAGAAGAGGAGAAAAAGAGCAAGAAGGAAAGUGGCAAAGAUGAAAAAACUAAGAAGGAGAAAGAAAAGGAAAAGAAAAAGGAUGGUGAAAAAGAGGAGUGUAAGAAGGAUGAGACCCCAGGAACACCCAAGAAAAAGGAGACAAAGAGGAAAUUUAAACUUGAGCCACACGAAGACCAGGUUUUCCUGGAUGGAAAUGAGGUGUAUGUGUGGAUCUACGACCCUGUUCACUUUAAAACUUUUGCUAUGGGACUUGUACUUGUGAUCGCUGUUAUAGCUGCAACUCUGUUCCCGCUCUGGCCAGCAGAAAUGCGUGUUGGUGUUUAUUACCUCAGCGUGUGCGCAGGCUGUUUCGUCGCCAGUAUCCUCCUUCUUGCCGUUGCUCGCUGCAUCCUUUUCCUUAUCAUCUGGCUCAUCACUGGAGGAAGGCAUCACUUCUGGUUCCUGCCAAAUCUUACAGCAGACGUGGGAUUCAUUGACUCCUUCAGGCCCCUGUACACACACGAAUACAAAGGACCAAAAGCAGACUUAAAGAAAGAGGAGAAAUCAGAAUCCAAAAAGCAGCAAAAAUACGACAGCGAGGAGAAAUCAGAUAGCGAGAAGAAGGAAGAUGACGACGGGAAAACAGAAGCAACGAGGAACUCGGGAACGGACGGCUCAGGAGGAGAGCGACAUUCAGACACUGACAGUGACAGGCGUGAAGACGACCGGUCCCAGCACAGUAGUGGAAAUGGAAACGACUUUGAAAUGAUCACAAAAGAGGAACUGGAACAGCAAACAGAUGAAGGGGAUUGUGAGGAGGAAGAGGAGGAAGAUACUGAAAGUAGGCCUUCACAUGAAAAAUCAUAACUCACUGUGGUUUUGGGACUAAGUAUGUGCAAAUGGUUGGAUUUUCUUUGUUGGCUGAUCACCAAAACAUAGCCCAUGCCGUAGCAUCUUUGUGUGCUGAAAUAUACGUGUUACCAAACAGUUUUAUAUCCAGUUCCUUCCUUUUUUUUUUUUUUUUCCUAACCGUUAACUUCAUGACUUGGUACUACGUUAAUCAUUAAUAUCCAUUUACGGAAGUUUUAUCAAUCUGACAAGUUUUCUAUUGAUCGAUAGAUUGCCCAGCUCGUCCUCAAACAUACUGAAAAACGUAGUUUUCUGGUACUUGCAUAACCGGUCAAUUAGUUCAGCUUCUCCAACUUGCUUUUGUAAAACAGGUGAAAGUUGAAUGACCAAAUCUCAGAUUAUUCCUAGUUAUGCUCAUUCGAUAGCUAGUUAGGUAAAGCCCUCCUUAGCUCACAGCUUUCUUGAUAUUUUUCUUGAUUUUAUUUUCAAAAGAUUGUGAAGGCUUUCCUAAGAGAACUAGUUUUAGUCGAAGUAUUUUGCUGAAAAUGUAAAAAGCUGGUAGCGCUGAAUUUGGCCGCGGCGUUCUCUCUUUCUCCAGACCGUGUGCCAGCAACUGAGGAAAUCCAAACUGGUUUUGUACAUCUGGUUCAGAGAAAGAUGUCAUCUCCGGCAGGCGAGGGAAGCAGCACGGUUUGGAAAUGAUGGCUGUUUUCUUCCUCCUGCUCCGUCGUAAUUAAAAAAAUAAAAACAAAUGUAUUCUGUACAUAAUUUACAAAUAAAGCAAACCAUUUACUUUAACUGCUACUUAUUAUUUAGGGAUUUGAUCCAGCGUUCAGGUUGUAUUAUUAAAGCCAUUUUGUGGUGUAUCUAUCGGAGAAAUGCAAGUCAAGAGGACCUCACGGAAUAUUUGUGUAUGGUUGGUAGCUGUUCCACAAGAGCUUUAGUUUUGUGCCAACAUUCCAUGUAUUUGAGUAAAUUGAUCUUUAUUAAAUGAAAGCAAACAAC